UGGCGGCUACUCCCAGCGGAGGCGGAGCUGGGCGAAUGUAAAAAUGGAAGGACUGAGGCAGGAGAAGACCCAGCCUGCCUCCAGCCCAUCAGCUUGGCUCUGUCAGAAAGAGACUGAAACACAGCACGGGAAGAGGUUGAGGACCAUCAAAGCCUGAGGAAGGAGCUGCACAGUUCCACUGACCCUGGAGGGCUGCACUCUCUUCUCUUGCCAAAGCAAUGACGACCCAGCUAGGAAGCUAUGCCAGUCCCAUCACUAUUCCCGUGUGAGCAGCUGUGAGAAAGGACUUCGGGAUGCUCCCUUCAGAACAGAAGCACCCCGAAGAUUAUGAUUAAGUCAAAAAGAAAGUUUCGUUCUGGAUCUGGUUUAGUUCCCCUCAGCUUCCCAUUGUGCAAGAGACUGUUCUGACUCCGAAGAAGUGGCUCUGGGUAGAGAAAUGACACAACUGACGGUCUCUCUCUUUUAACUCUUCAGCGUUUGCCCGCAGACAAUCCCUCCUUUGCGGUUUUGGUGGGAAAAAACUUGGAAGAAAGAAAGAACAUUUUCUUUGCUGACUCAGAGACAAAUCCUUUUGCUCUUUCCCACUGCAGUCGGUGUCUCCGGAGCUGGGAGGAUGGCUGGGGAGCUCUCCCUCAACCUUACCGUGCAGCCCGCAGGAGGAAAUGUCAGCAAUGCUUUGGUGCCAGGGGUGGUACUGAAGACAGACCUCCUGGCCCCUUCCUGGGGCACGGCGAUGUUUAUCGUCCGCUGUGUGAUCCCUUCGCUUUACCUGCUCAUCAUCACCGUGGGCUUGCUAGGCAACAUCACCCUGGUGAAGAUCUUCAUUUCCAACAGCGCUAUGAGAAGCGUGCCCAAUAUCUUCAUCUCCAGCCUGGCCGCCGGAGACCUCUUGCUGCUGGUGACCUGCAUGCCGGUGGAUGCCUGCAGCUACCUCUUCGAGGAAUGGAUGUUCGGGAAGGUGGGGUGCAAACUCAUCCCGGCCAUCCAGCUCACCUCGGUGGGCGUGUCCGUCUUCACUCUCACCGCCCUGAGUGCAGACAGGUACAAAGCAAUUGUAAAUCCCAUGGAUAUCCAAACAUCAAAUGCAGUUCUGUGGACGUGUUUUAAAGCUUUUGCCAUCUGGAUAAUCUCCAUGAUGUUAGCAGUUCCUGAAGCAGUUUUCUCUGAAGUGGCCCACAUCAAUGGCACAGAUAAUGUCAGUUUCAGGGCAUGCAUACCGUAUCCCAAGACAGAUGACAUGCACCCGAAGAUCCACUCUGUGCUGAUAUUCUUAGUAUAUUUCCUUAUCCCUCUCACUAUCAUUAGUAUCUACUACUAUCAUAUUGCUAAGACUUUAAUUAAGAGUGCACACAAUAUCCCUGGAGAAUAUAGUGAGCAUUCUAAAAGACAGAUGGAAACUCGAAAGCGUCUGGCAAAAAUUGUUCUGGUCUUCGUUGGCUGUUUUGCCAUCUGCUGGUUCCCUAACCAUGUAUUGUACAUGUACCGGUCCUUUAAUUACAGUGAGAUCGACCCAUCGCUAGGACAUAUGAUCAUUACCUUAGUGGCCCGAGUAUUGAGUUUCUGCAACUCCUGCGUCAACCCAUUUGCACUGUAUUUUCUGAGUGAGAGCUUUAGGAGACAUUUCAACAGUCAACUUUGCUGCAGGAGGAAAUCUCAUCGAGAGAAAUCCACCAGUUAUCUGCUCAGCUCCUCUGCCAUACGAAUGACUUCUCUGAAAAGCAAUGCCAAGAACACCGUGACUACCUUGACUCUACUGAAUGGGCACAACCUAAAACAGGAAAUGUCAUUAUGAUUUCAUCAGUGCAGCACUUUACCUGGGAAUAAAUCUGGGCCUUUAUUUCACAGCUAUGCCAAUAGCUUAAGAUGCUUUCACUAGUCCUUGAAACAGAGUCCUUGAAACAGUCUCUCAGUUUGGGACUAUUGCAUAUCUAACUUCUAAUUACUUUCAGACAGAAAUGAAUGAUAUUACUGAGUGAGAAAAAAAGAAUGAGUGUUUCUAAGACUAUUUGUUAAGGGGCACAAUUCUGUGCACUUAAUAUACAGGAUAAC